AGCGUCGCCUGUAGCAAACCUCCGCCCUAAGGCGUUCCCGCCGGGCCUCGCGCGGCGUCCCUAGCAACGCGCGCGCGGUCUUCCGGCCCCGCCCAGGCGGGCGGCACUGCGCCUACGCUGGGCCACAACCGCCAGUCAGGGCUCUCCCCUUCCCCUCCCUCCCCCCCCCCCUCCUCUGCCGCCCAGAGUGAGACACCAACAUGGAGCCCGAGGAUCUGCCACGGCCGGGCGAGCUGGAGGAGGAGGAGGAAGAGGAGGAGGAGGAGGCUGCAGCGGCGGCGGCGGCGAACGUGGACGACGUAGUGGUCGUGGAGGAGGUGGAGGAAGAGGCGGGGCGGGAGUUGGACUCCGACUCUCACUACGGGCCCCAGCAUCUGGAAAGUAUAGACGACGAGGAGGACGAGGAGGCCAAGGCCUGGCUGCAGGCGCACCCCGGCAGGAUUUUGCCUCCGCCGUCGCCCCCGCAGCACCGCUACUCGGAGGGCGAGCGGACCUCCCUGGAGAAGAAAACAGAAUCUUGGCAUUGUCUUCCUCAAGAAAUGGACUCUUCCCAAACCUUGGAUACAUCCCAGACCAGGUUUAAUGUGAGAACGGAAGAUACUGAAGUGACAGACUUCCCCUCUCUGGAGGAGGGUAUAUUGACACAAUCAGAAAAUCAAGUAAAGGAACCCAACAGAGAUCUCUUCUGUUCUCCACUGCUAGUCAUACAAGAUAGCUUUGCUUCUCCUGAUUUGCCUUUGCUGACCUGUUUGACACAAGACCAAGAAUUUGCGCCUGAUUCUUUAUUUCAUCAAAGUGAACUAAGUUUUGCACCUCUGAGGGGAAUUCCUGAUAAGUCUGAAGAUACUGAAUGGUCUUCUCGACCAUCGGAAGUUAGUGAAGCUUUAUUCCAGGCUACUGCAGAAGUAGCUUCAGACUUAGCAAGCAGUCGCUUUAGUGUAUCUCAGCACCCGCUUAUAGGCAGCACAGCUGUUGGGUCUCAGUGCCCUUUUUUACCUUCUGAACAAGGGAAUAAUGAAGAGACUAUUUCGUCUGUUGAUGAACUGAAAAUUCCCAAAGACUGUGAUCGUUAUGAUGAUCUUUGUUCAUAUAUGUCAUGGAAGACACGAAAAGAUACACAGUGGCCUGAAAACAAUUUAGCUGAUAAAGAUCAAGUUUCAGUUGCAACUUCAUCUGACAUAACUGAUGAAAACAUAGCUACUAAAAGAAGUGACCAUUUUGAUGCUGCUUGUUCAUUUGGACAGUAUUGGACACAGGAAGAUUCAUCUAAGCAGGCAGAAACAUAUUUAACCAAGGGCCUGCAGGGGAAGGCUGAGUCUGAUGUCAUUACUCUGGAUGGCCUAAAUGAAAAUGCUGUUGUAUGCAGUGAAAGAGUUGCUGAACUACAAAGAAAGCCAACAAGAGAGUCGGAAUAUCACUCUUCAGAUCUCAGAAUGUUGAGGAUGUCUCCUGACACUGUGCCAAAGGCUCCUAAACAUUUAAAAGCAGGAGACACUUCUAAAGGAGGCAUAGCUAAAGUUACUCAAUCCAACUUGAAGUCAGGCAUCACUACCACUCCUGUUGAUUCAGACAUUGGAUCUCAUUUAUCCUUGUCCCUUGAGGACCUGUCUCAGUUGGCUGUAAGUUCUCCUCUAGAAACUACUACUGGUCAACACACUGAUACUCUCAACCAAAAGACAUUAGCAGAUACUCAUCUAACUGAAGAGACUCUGAAAGUCACAGCUGUUCCUGAACCAGCUGACCAGAAGACUGCAACACCAACAGUACUCUCUAGUUCCCACUCACAUAGGGGGAAGCCCAGCAUUUUCUACCAGCAGGGCUUGCCAGACAGUCAUCUAACUGAAGAGGCUUUGAAAGUUUCAGCUGCUCCUGGACUAGCUGACCAGACAACUGGCGUGUCAACUCUAACCUCUACUUCCUACUCACAUAGAGAGAAGCCUGGUACUUUUUACCAACAAGAGUUACCAGAGAGUAACUUAACUGAAGAGCCUUUGGAAGUUUCAGCUGCUCCUGGCCCAGUAGAGCAGAAGACGGGAAUACCUACAGUAUCCUCUACAUCCCACUCACAUGGAGAGGACCUCCUCUUUUUCUAUCGACAGACCUUGCCAGAUGGUCAUCUAACUGAUCAGGCUCUGAAAGUUUCAGCUGUGUCUGGACCAGCCGACCAGAAGACUGGGACAGCAACAGUACUCUCUACUCCCCACUCACAUAGAGAGAAGCCUGGUAUUUUUUACCAACAAGAGUUCGCAGACAGUCAUCAAACUGAAGAGACUCUUACUAAAGUUUCAGCCACUCCUGGACCAGCUGACCAGAAGACUGAGAUACCAACAGUACAGUCUAGUUCUUACUCACAAAGAGAAAAGCCUAGUAUUUUGUACCCACAGGAGUUGGCAGACAGUCAUCUACCUGAAGAGGGUCUGAAAGUUUCAGCUGUUGCUGGACCAGCUGACCAGAAGACUGGCCUACCAACAGUACCCUCUAGUGCAUACUCACACAGAGAGAAGCUCCUUGUUUUCUACCAACAGGCCUUGCUGGACAGCCAUCUACCCGAAGAGGCUCUGAAAGUUUCAGCUGUUUCUGGACCAGCUGACGGAAAGACUGGGACACCAACUGUAACCUCUACUUCCUCUGCGUCCUCUUCACUUGGAGAAAAGCCCAGUGCUUUCUAUCAGCAGACCUUACCCAAUAGUCAUCUAACUGAAGAGGCUCUGAAAGUAUCAGUUGUUCCUGGACCAGGUGAUCAGAAGACUGGGAUACCCUCAGCACCAUCUAGUUUCUACUCACACAGAGAGAAGCCCAUUAUUUUUUCCCAGCAGACCCUGCCAGACUUUCUUUUCCCUGAAGAAGCUCUGAAGGUUUCAGCUGUUUCUGUAUUGGCUGCCCAGAAGACUGGGACACCAACAGUGUCCUCUAAUUCUCACUCACAUAGCGAGAAAUCUAGUGUUUUCUACCAGCAAGAGUUGCCAGACAGUGAUCUACCUAGAGAAUCUCUGAAAAUGUCUGCUAUUCCUGGACUGACUGACCAGAAGACUGUCCCAACACCAACAGUACCUUCAGAUUCCUUCUCACAUAGAGAGAAGCCCAGUAUUUUCUAUCAACAGGAGUUGCCAGAUAAUUAUGCAACUGAAAAGGCUCUGAAAGUUUCAACUGGCCCUGGACCAGCUGACCAGAAGACUGAGAUACCAGCAGUACAGUCUAGUUCUUACCCACAGAGGGAGAAGCCUAGUGUUUUGUACCCACAGGUGUUAUCAGACAGUCAUCUACCUGAAGAGAGUCUGAAAGUUUCAGCCUUCCCUGGACCAGCUGACCAGAUGACUGACACACCAGCAGUACCGUCUACUUUCUACUCACAAAGAGAGAAGCCUGGUAUUUUCUACCAACAGACCUUGCCAGAGAGUCAUCUGCCUAAAGAGGCUCUGAAAAUUUCAGUAGCUCCUGGACUAGCAGACCAGAAGACUGGCACACCAACUGUAACCUCAACUUCCUACUCACAACAUAGAGAAAAGCCCAGCAUUUUCCACCAGCAGGCCUUGCCAGGUACUCAUAUACCUGAAGAGGCUCAGAAAGUUUCAGCUGUUACUGGACCAGGUAACCAGAAGACUUGGAUACCAAGAGUACUUUCUACCUUCUACUCACAAAGAGAGAAACCUGGUGUUUUCUAUCAACAGACCUUGCCAGGUAGUCACAUACCUGAAGAGGCACAGAAAGUUUCACCUGUUCUUGGACCAGCUGACCAGAAGACUGGGACACCAACUCCAACCUCUGCUUCUUACUCACACACAGAGAAGCCUGGUGUUUUCUACCAACAGGUCUUGCCAGAUAGUCAUCCAACUGAAGAGGCUCUGAAAAUUUCAGUUGCCUCUGAACCAGUUGACCAGACAACUGGCACACCAGCUGUAACCUCUACUUCCUACUCACAAUAUAGAGAGAAGCCCAGCAUUUUCUACCAACAGUCGUUGCCAAGUAGUCAUCUAACUGAAGAGGCUAAGAAUGUUUCAGCGGUUCCUGGACUAGCUGACCAGAAGACUGUGAUACCAAUUUUACCCUCUACUUUCUACUCACACACAGAGAAGCCUGGUGUUUUCUACCAACAGGUCUUGCCACAUAGUCAUCCAACUGAAGAGGCUCUGAAAAUUUCAGUUGCCUCUGAACCAGAUGACCAGACAACUGGCACACCAACUGUAACCUCUACUUCCUACUCACAACAUAGAGAGAAGCCGAGUAUUUUGUACCAACAGUUGUUGCCAGGUAGUCAUCUAACUGAAGAGGCUAAGAACGUUUCAGCGGUUCCUGGACCAGCUGACCGGAAGACUGGGAUACCAACUUUACCCUCUACUUUCUACUCACACACAGAGAAGCCUGGUAGUUUCUACCAACAGGUCUUGCCACAUGGUCAUCUACCUGAAGAGGCUUUGGAAGUUUCAGUUGCUCCUGGACCAGUUGACCAGAUGAUUGGCACACCAACUGUAACCUCUCCUUCCAGCUCAUUUGGAGAGAAGCCCAUUGUUAUCUACAAACAGGCCUUUCCAGAUGGUAAUCUACCUGAAGAGUCUCUGAAAGUUUCAGUUGCUCCUGGACCAGUUGGCCAGACAACUGGCGCACCAACUAUAACCUCUCCUUCCUACUCACAACAUAGAGCAAAGUCUGGCAGUUUCUACCAACUGGCAUUGCUAGGUAGUCAAAUACCUGAAGAGGCUCUCAGAGUUUCUUCUGCUCCUGGACCAGCUGACCAGACAACUGGCAUACCAACCAUAACCUCUACUUCCUACUCAUUUGGAGAGAAGCCGAUUGUUAACUACAAACAGGCCUUUCCAGAUGGUCAUCUACCUGAAGAGGUUCUGAAAGUUUCCAUUGUUUCUGGACCUACUGAAAAAAAGACUGACAUACCAGCAGGACCUUUAGGUUCCAGUGCACUUGGAGAGAAGCCCAUUACUUUCUACCGGCAGGCUCUGCUAGACAGUCCUCUAAAUAAAGAGGUUGUGAAAGUUUCAGCUGCUCCUGGACCAGCUGACCAGAAGACUGAGACAUUACCGGUACAUUCUACUACCUACUCAAAUAGGGGGAAGCCUGUCAUUUUCUACCAACAGACCCUAUCAGACAGUCAUUUACCUGAAGAAGCUCUGAAAGUUCCACCUGUUCCUGGACCAGAUGCCCAGAAGACUGAGACACCAUCAGUAUCCUCUAGUUUAUACUCAUAUAGAGAGAAGCCCAUUGUCUUCUACCAACAGGCCCUGCCAGACAGUCAGCUAACUCAAGAAGCUCUGAAAGUUUCAGCUGUUCCUCAACCAGCUGACCAGAAGACUGGGUUAUCUACUGUAACUUCCUCUUUCUAUUCGCAUACAGAGAAGCCUAAUAUUUCUUACCAGCAAGAGUUGCCAGAUAGUCAUCUAACUGAAAAGGCUCUGAAAGUUUCAGAUGUUCCUGGACCAGCUGACCAGAAGACUGGGGUAUCGACAGUAACCUCUACUUCCUACUCACACAGAGAGAAGCCCAUUAUUUCCUACCAGCGAGAGUUGCCGCAUUUUACUGAAGCAGGUUUGAAAAUUUUAAGAGUUCCUGACCAGAAGACUGGAAUAAACAUCCUGUCCUCUAAUUCCUACCCACAGAGAGAGCACUCUGUCAUUUCUUAUGAGCAGGAGUUGCCAGAUCUUACUGAAGUAACUUUGAAAGCAGCAGGGGUUCCUGGGCCUGCUGACCGGAAGACUGGGAUACAAAUAGCAUCCUCUAGUUCCUACUCAAAUAGAGAGAAGGCCAGUACUUUUCAUCAGCAGGAGUUGCCAGAUAUUACUGAAGAAGCUUUAAAUGUUUUUGUUGUUCCUGGAGAAGGUGACCGGAAGACUGAGAUACCAACAGUACCUUUAAGUUACUACUCGCGUAGAGAGAAGCCCAGUGUUAUCUCUCAACAGGAGUUGCCAGACAGUCAUCUCACAGAAGAGGCUCUGAAAGUUUCACCUGUUUCUAUACCAGCAGAGCAGAAGACUGGGAUACCAAUAGGACUGUCUAGUUCCUACUCACAUUCACAUAAAGAGAAACUCAAGAUUUCAACUGUGCAUAUACUAGAUGACCAGAAAACUGAGUUUCCAGCAGCUACCCUUAGUUCCUACUCACAAAUAGAGAAGCCCAAGAUUUCAACUGUGAUUGGACCAAAUGACCAGAAGACUCCAUCCCAGACAGCUUUUCAUAGUUCCUAUUCUCAAACAGUAAAGCCCAAUAUUUUAUUUCAACAGCAGUUGCCAGAUAGAGAUCAAAGUAAAGGUAUUCUAAAGAUUUCAGCUGUCCCUGAACUAACUGAUGUGAAUACUGGAAAACCAGUAUCUCUCUCUAGUUCUUAUUUUCACAGAGAGAAAUCGAAUAUUUUCAGUCCACAGGAAUUGCCAGGUAGACAUGUAACUGAAGAUGUGCUGAAGGUUUCAACAAUUCCUGGACCAGCUGGCCAGAAAACAGUAUUACCAACAGCUCUUCCUAGUUCCUUUUCACAUCGAGAGAAACCAGAUAUUUUCUAUCAAAAGGAUUUGCCAGAUAGACAUCUAACUGAAGAUGCUCUAAAGAUCUCAAGUGCUCUUGGGCAAGCUGAUCAAAUUACUGGAUUACAAACAGUUCCCUCUGGUACUUACUCACAUGGUGAGAAUCACAAGCUUGUUUCAGAACAUGUCCAAAGGCUAAUAGAUAAUUUGAAUUCUUCUGACUCCAGUGUUAGCUCAAAUAAUGUGCUUUUAAAUUCUCAGGCUGAUGACAGAGUUGUAAUAAAUAAACCAGAAUCUGCAGGUUUUAGAGAUGUUGGCUCUGAAGAAAUCCAGGAUGCAGAAAAUAGUUCUAAAACUCUUAAGGAAAUUCGGACACUUUUGAUGGAGGCAGAAAAUAUGGCACUGAAACGAUGCAAUUUUCCUGCUCCCCUUGCCCCUUUCAGAGAUAUUAGUGAUAUUUCAUUUAUACAAUCUAAGAAGGUGGUUUGCUUCAAAGAACCCUCUUCCACGGGUGUAUCUAAUGGUGAUUUGCUUCAGAGACGGCCAUUCACAGAGGAAAGCCCAAGCAGCAGGUGCAUACAGAAGGAUAUUGGCACACAGACGAAUUUGAAAUGCCGGAGAGGCAUUGAAAAUUGGGAGUUUAUUAGUUCAACUACAGUUAGAAGUCCUCUACAGGAAGCAGAGAGCAAAGUCAGUAUGGCAUUAGAAGAAACUCUUAGGCAAUAUCAAGCAGCCAAAUCUGUAAUGAGGUCUGAACCUGAAGGGUGUAGUGGAACCAUUGGGAAUAAAAUUAUUGUCCCUAUGAUGACUGUCAUAAAAAGUGAUUCAAGUAGUGAUGCCAGUGAUGGAAAUGGUUCCUGCUCGUGGGACAGUAAUUUACCAGAGUCUUUGGAAUCAGUAUCUGAUGUUCUUCUAAACUUCUUUCCAUAUGUUUCACCCAAGACAAGUAUAACAGAUAGCAGAGAGGAAGAGGGUGUGUCAGAGAGUGAGGAUGGUGGUGGUAGCAGUGUAGAUUCACUGGCUGCACAUGUGAAAAACCUUCUGCAAUGUGAAUCCUCACUGAAUCAUGCUAAAGAAAUACUCAGAAAUGCAGAGGAAGAGGAAAGCCGGGUACGAGCACAUGCCUGGAAUCUGAAGUUCAAUUUAGCACAUGAUUGUGGAUACUCCAUUUCAGAAUUAAAUGAAGAUGACAGGAGGAAAGUAGAAGAGAUCAAGGCAGAGUUAUUUGGUCAUGGAAGAACAACUGACUUGUCCAAGGGUUUACAGAGUCCACGGGGAAUGGGAUGCAAGCCAGAAGCUGUAUGUAGUCACAUUAUUAUUGAGAGCCAUGAAAAGGGAUGUUUCCGGACUCUAACUUCUGAACAUCCACAACUAGAUAGCCACCCCUGUGCUUUCAGAUCUGCUGAACCCUCAGAAAUGACCAGAGGACGGCAGAACCCAUCAUCAUGCAGAGCCAAGCACGUCAACCUUUCUGCAUCCUUAGACCAGAACAACUCCCAUUUCAAAGUUUGGAAUUCCUUGCAGUUAAAAAGCCAUUCCCCAUUUCAGAACUUUAUACCUGAUGAAUUCAAAAUCAGCAAAGGUCUUCAAAUGCCAUUCCAUGAAAAGAUGGACCCUUGGCUGUCAGAAUUAGUAGAACCUGCUUUUGUGCCACCUAAAGAAGUGGAUUUUCGUUCUUCAUCACAAAUGCCAUCCCCAGAACCCAUGAAAAAGUUUACUACCUCCAUCACUUUUUCAUCUCACCGACAUUCUAAAUGCAUUUCCAAUUCCUCUGUUGUUAAGGUUGGUGUUACUGAAGGUAGCCAGUGUACUGGAGCAUCUGUGGGGGUAUUUAAUUCUCAUUUCACUGAAGAACAAAAUCCUCCUAGAGAUCUUAAACAGAAAACCUCUUCCCCUUCAUCAUUUAAAACGCAUAGUAAUUCACAAGAUAAAGAAGUGACUAUUUUAGCAGAAGGUAGAAGGCAAAGCCAAAAAUUACCUGUUGAUUUUGAGCAUUCUUUUCAAGAAGAAAAACACUUAGAAAGAUCAGAUUUUACAGGCAGUCAUUCUGAGCCCAGUACCAGUGCAAAUUUUAGCAAUUUCAAGGAAAUUCAGAUUUCUGAUAACCAUACCCUUAUUAGCAUGGGCAGACCAAGUUCCACCCUAGGAGUAAGCAGAUCGAGUUCCAGACUAGGAGUAAAAGAGAAGAAUGUAACUAUAACUCCAGAUCUUCCUUCUUGCAUUUUUCUUGAACAACGAGAGCUCUUUGAACAGAGCAAAGCCCCACGUGCAGAUGACCAUGUGAGGAAACACCAUUCUCCCUCUCCUCAACAUCAGGAUUAUGUAGCUCCAGACCUUCCUUCUUGCAUUUUUCUUGAACAACGAGAACUCUUUGAACAGUGCAAAGCCCCAUAUGUAGAUCAUCAAAUGAGAGAAAACCAUUCUCCCCUUCCUCAAGGCCAGGAUUCUAUAGCUUCGGACCUUCCUUCUCCCAUCUCUCUUGAACAAUGCCAAAGCAAAGCGCCAGGUGUAGAUGACCAAAUGAAUAAACACCAUUUUCCCCUUCCUCAAGGUCAGGAUUGUGUAGUGGAAAAGAAUAAUCAACAUAAGCCUAAAUCACACAUUUCUAAUAUAAAUGUUGAAGCCAAGUUCAAUACUGUGGUCUCCCAGUCAGCCCCAAAUCACUGUGCAUUAGCAGCAUCUGCAUCUACUCCUCCUUCAAAUAGAAAAGCACUUUCUUGUGUUCGUAUAACUCUUUGUCCCAAGACUUCUUCCAAGUUGGAUAGUGGAACUUUAGAUGAAAGAUUCCAUUCAUUGGAUGCUGCUUCUAAAGCGAGGAUGAAUAGUGAGUUUAACUUUGACUUACAUACUGUAUCUUCGAGAUCACUGGAACCAACCUCCAAAUUAUUGACCAGUAAACCUGUAGCACAGGAUCAAGAAUCUUUAGGUUUUCUAGGACCUAAAUCUUCACUGGAUUUCCAAGUCGUACAGCCUUCUCUUCCAGACAGUAACACUAUUACUCAGGACUUGAAAACCAUACCUUCUCAGAAUAGCCAGAUAGUAACCUCCAGGCAAAUACAAGUGAACAUUUCAGAUUUCGAAGGACAUUCCAAUCCAGAGGGGACCCCAGUAUCUGCAGAUCGAUUACCAGAGAAGAUGAAGACUCCACUUUCUGCUUUCUCUGAAAAAUUGUCAUCUGAUGCAGUCACUCAGAUAACAACAGAAAGUCCAGAAAAGACCCUAUUUUCAUCUGAGAUUUUUAUUAAUGCUGAAGAUCGUGGACAUGAAAUUAUAGAGCCUGGCAACCAGAAGCUGCGCAAAGCUCCUGUCAAGUUUGCCUCAUCAUCUUCAGUCCAACAGGUUACUUUUUCUCGUGGCACAGAUGGCCAGCCUUUAUUAUUGCCAUAUAAGCCUUCUGGUAGUAUCAAGAUGUAUUAUGUUCCACAAUUAAGACAAAUUCCUCCGUCUCCGGAUUCCAAAUCAGAUACCACCGUUGAAAGCUCCCAUUCAGAUACUUCAUCAGGUGCUCAGAUUCAGGCGCAGUGCUGUGUUACAAGCUUGGAGGAAAAAGUGGACCCUCAUGGGUUUCUUGAGCAGACACGAUGUCAAUUUCAACAUAUGCCUUCCUCAGGAUCCAAUGAUGCCAUUGCUCCAGACUUCCCAGCUCAGGUGCUAGGCACAAGAGAUGAUGACCUCUCAGCCACUGUUAACAUUAAACAUAAAGAAGGAAUCUACAGUAAGAGGGUAGUGACUAAGGCAUCCUUGCCAGUGGGAGAAAAACCCUUGCAGAAUGAAAAUGCAGAUGCCUCAGUUCAAGUGCUAAUCACUGGGGAUGAGAACCUCUCGGACAAAAAACAGCAAGAGAUCCACAGUACAAGGGCAGUGACUGAGGCUGCCCAGGCUAAAGAAAAAGAAUCUUUGCAGAAACAUACUGCAGAUUCCAGUGCUGCUGCUGCUGCAGAGCACUCAGCUCAAGUAGGAGACCCAGAAAUGAAGAACUUGCCAGACACUAAAGCCAUUACACAGAAAGAGGAGAUCCAUAGGAAGAAGACAGUUCCCGAGGAAGCCUGGCCAAACAAUAAAGAAUCCCUACAGAUCAAUAUUGAAGAGUCCGAAUGUCAUUCAGAAUUUGAAAAUACUACCCGUUCUGUCUUCAGGUCAGCAAAGUUUUACAUUCAUCAUCCCGUACACCUACCAAGUGAUCAAGAUAUUUGCCAUGAAUCUUUGGGAAAGAGUGUUUUCAUGAGACAUUCUUGGAAAGAUUUCUUUCAGCAUCAUCCAGACAAACAUAGAGAACACAUGUGUCUUCCUCUUCCUUAUCAAAACAUGGACAAGACUAAGACAGAUUAUACCAGAAUAAAGAGCCUCAGCAUCAAUGUGAAUUUGGGAAACAAAGAAGUGAUGGAUACUACUAAAAGUCAAGCUAGAGAUUAUCCAAAACAUAAUGGACAAAUUAGUGAUCCAAAAAGGGAUCAGAAGGUCACCCCAGAGCAAACAACUCAGCACACUGUGAGUUUGAAUGAACUGUGGAACAAGUAUCGGGAGCGACAGAGGCAACAGAGACAGCCCGAGUUGGGUGACAGGAAAGAACUGUCCUUGGUGGACCGACUUGAUCGUUUGGCUAAAAUUCUUCAGAAUCCAAUCACACAUUCUCUCCAGGUCUCAGAAAGUACACAUGAUGAUAGCAGAGGGGAACGAAGUGUGAAGGAAUGGAGUGGUAGACAACAGCAGAGAAAUAAGCUUCAGAAAAAGAAGCGGUUUAAAAGCCUAGAGAAAAGCCAUAAAAAUACAAGAGAGCUUAAAAAAAGCAAGGUGCUUUCUCAUCAUCGAGCUGGGAGGUCUAAUCAAAUUAAAAUUGAACAGAUUAAAUUUGAUAAAUAUAUUCUGAGUAAACAGCCAGGUUUUAAUUAUAUAAGCAACACUUCUUCGGAUUGUCGGCCCUCAGAGGAGAGUGAGCUGCUCACAGAUACUACCACCAACAUCCUUUCCAGCACCACUUCUACUGUCGAAUCAGAUAUAUUGACCCAAACAGAUAGAGAGGUGGCUCUGCACGAAAGGAGUAGCUCUGUUUCCACUAUUGACACUGCCCGGCUGAUUCAAGCUUUUGGCCAUGAAAGAGUAUGCUUGUCACCCAGGCGAAUUAAAUUAUAUAGCAGCAUCACCAACCAACAGAGGAGAUACCUUGAGAAGCGGAGCAAACACAGCAAGAAAGUGUUGAAUACAGGUCAUCCCCUAGUGACUUCUGAGCACACCAGAAGGAGACACAUCCAGGUAGCAAACCAUGUGAUUUCUUCUGACUCUAUUUCCUCUUCUGCCAGUAGUUUCCUGAGCUCGAACUCUACUUUUUGCAACAAGCAGAAUGUACACAUGUUAAACAAGGGCACACAAGCAGGUAACUUGGAGAUUGUGAACGGUGCCAAAAAACACACUCGAGAUGUUGGGAUAACUUUCCCAACUCCAAGUUCCAGCGAGGCUAAAUUGGAAGAGGACAGUGAUGUGACUUCUUGGUCAGAAGAAAAACAUGAAGAGAAAAUGCUCUUUACUGGUUAUCCUGAGGACAGAAAGUUAAAAAAGAACAAGAAGAAUUCCCAUGAAGGAGUUUCCUGGUUUGUUCCUGUGGAAAAUGUGGAGUCUAGAUCAAAGAAGGAAAACGUGCCUAAUACUUGUGGCCCUGGCAUCUCCUGGUUUGAACCAAUAACCAAGACCAGACCCUGGAGGAAGCCACUGCGGGAGCAGAACUGGCAGGGGCAGCACCUGGACAGUCGGGGCUCCCUGGCAGGCCCAGGCAGAGAGGCUGGCAGAGACCUGCUGAAGCCAUUUGUGAGAGCAACCCUUCAGGAAUCGCUUCAGUUUCACAGACCUGACUUCAUCUCCCGCUCUGGGGAGCGGAUAAAGCGCCUGAAGUUAAUAGUCCAGGAGAGGAAGCUGCAGAGCAUGUUACAGACCGAGCGGGAUGCACUAUUCAACAUUGACAGGGAACGGCAGGGCCACCAGAAUUGCAUGCGCCCGCUACCCAAGAGAGUCUUCCUGGCUAUCCAGAAGAACAAGCCUAUCAGCAAGAAGGAAAUGAUUCAGAGGUCCAAACGGAUUUAUGAGCAGCUUCCAGAAGUACAGAAAAAGAGAGAAGAAGAGAAGAGAAAAUCAGAAUAUAAGUCAUACCGGCUGCGAGCCCAGCUAUAUAAAAAGAGAGUGACCAAUCAACUUCUGGGGAGAAAAGUUCCCUGGGACUGACACGAGUUUAUUUUCCUCAGAGCCUUGGAAUUCUAUUUUAUGAACCUAGAGAAGCAGAAUCCUUACUUUUGUGAGUCUGGUUGAAUAAAGCUUAUUCUUUGUCCAUGUGUAUUUUAGAAAUAGUAACUUCUAAAGAGUCUGGAACAAAGUGGUGAUUAAAAUUCCUAAUGGUUUGGGAGCAAUACUUUCUGCAUAGUGGCCUUGUCCAGUGGCCUGUGUGUUACAAUGAUAUGAUCAUUUCUCAAGAAUAAGUCCCUUUUUGUAUGUGUUUUUAUACUUUUAGAAAAUAAAAACUUUAGAUUAA